GCGGCGGGUCUUCCUUGAUCAAAGCGUUGAGCCUCAAACACCCUGGGUCUCGCUUGACCCCUGUUCUCGAAUGACAGCGCUCAGAUCUGAUCUGAGAGUGGUACGACUCGUCGGGGAAUAGGCACUCUCGGAUGCAAUGGGACCCUCCCCUAUUCCAAGGACCCUGAAGUCGAAAACGGUCUAGAGCCGAACCGGGAGUUGCUGAGGGUGUGGCCGCCUUGCUCGGGCUAAUGAGAAACAAGUUCGUCUUCCCUGGAAACCCAGAUCUUAACAUCUUUGGUAAACAUCGUCAAUACUCUUCGCUACCCUGGUCUAUUUUUGUUUCUGCGUGCAUACGCGUGGCCUUUCGAUAAGCAGUGCUUGUCGAGUGCGAGAGAGAGACACUGAUGUCGCCGUCUAAUACCGCCCAAACAUCUCAAACCUACACAUUCCGCGGGAAGACCCUCCAGGAAGCCCUCGAAGAAUUCGCAAUGUCAAUCCCUCUGCUGCUUGCCAUCACGAUCUGCCCUGCUCUCCUCGGAACACAGGAAGCCAUCCGACAAAGCCAGUCCAAGAGCAAGCGCGAAGAGCACCGCUCCCGCAGGUGCAAUCUGGUCGUGUCCUGCGUGAAGCAGUCAAUCAGGAGCCGCGAUAUCCACGGAAAAUUAGUCGUGCUCAAGGAUAACAAGCUCUACAUUACUACGAGCGUCCCAUCAACAGAAGAUGGCGUGCCGACCACCGCCGGCGGUGGGUACCCUUUCGCUGGGUACUAUCUGCCCUAUCCCGACAAGCCCUACGAAGGCCUAGUGAGCACCAUUAGCGACGACCCGCCUAUGCUCAACUGGAUAUACGUCGACAAGGACACGUAUGAAGUCAAGUACGGCGUCCGCGCCGACGCGCAGCCCAACAUCACAGGCCCGUUCGAUUGCACCCGGCAGGACCGGCGCAUGACCUUGCAAGGCUGGGAGGGGUUCGUCGCCGUCGAAGAGUUCCCGGGGAUCUGGGCUCUGUACUUCGACAAGGACGACGACGGCCUCGUCACCAAAGUCCCCAUGGGGACACGCGUGCUCGAGAUCGAACUCACCCGGCGCGAGAAGAAGGAGCGCAAGCCCGAGCCGGAAGACUUGAGCCAGGCGCAGACGCUGGACGAGAAGAUGAAGGAACACCAGGAACAAGCCGAGAGAGAGGCUCGGGAGAAGGAGGAAUUCUACCGUAAGCAGGAAGAGGAGCGACGACAAGCGGCAGAGGCAGCAGCUGCCGCUGAAAACGGGCAAGUAGCGGAGGAGUUGGAGGAGCGGCCAGAUGGCGUGGGGGACACGGAUGAUCAAGCGGAGGAUGUGGCACAGGCGAGCGUAACAUUCGAUCUAGACAAACUACGUCUCGCCGUACCCGGCGGGAGCUCGGAGCCCUCUGGUAGUAAUCCUCGCUCACCUAGCGUAGUAACUGACAACGCUUCAUUCUGGUCGUCAGCGAGGAAACUGAGCGAUAUCAGCGACAGCGAGUCGGUCACGGCGGCGAGCUCGAUCGCCGCCGGGAUCGACGAGGCAGACAGCGUCUCGGGAGACCCGGGCUACAAGCGGCCCUACGUCGAGGAUGUCGAGGACGAGGGCGAUGACGAUGUCGAGAGGGGAGAGGAGGAGGUGGCGAGGACAUGACGAAACUAUUAUCUUCAUUUUCGGGCAGGUUGGUCGGUCGGUUUGUGGGGAUCGGGCCAUGGAUGUAUGUAUACCCUCGCAGGCGCCAUCUAGAUAGAGCCUGGUACUCUCAUCCGCUGGAGCAGCAAGCCGCGGGGAGGGAGGACGGGGAGGGAACGAGAGACUAGGGACACAUUGCGGGGGGUACCCGGCGAUCUUAUUAUGGGCAAGUAAAAGGCAUGGGAACGUAACUACCAAUAUGAAUAUAUAUGACGAGGCUUCUAGAAUAUCACUCAAGCUACUAGCUGUGUUCUAAUCGUCGCAUCGGCUAGGGAGGCGGAGAGGUGAAGCUAAGUUUGUUCGUGACCGUGCCUUGCUGCCCGGGGGUGGUACUGCUCAGCGGGUCUCCGCCUGGGGGUAGAGUUCUCAUUUCCAGAGACCGGUCACUCGUGCUCGACUCGUGAUAAGUGUACAGUGCAUAACACAGAGGUAUGUACAUACUACAAAGGCAUACCACGUGCUUAGAGGGAGAGAUGUCGC